CUCCAGCUGAUGAUGCAGCUAUCCCGCAAUUUUCAACCUCUCACCGAUAUGCAGAUUAUCUUACAUAUAGAAUUUGUGCAACUCGUCAUCUCAAGACAACCAACCCAUCCAACAACCACCAUUCAUUAAUAUGUUCAUGUUCCUUCUAUUUUCCGCAACCUCCCUACUAGUGGACCCUCUCCCACCCCAAAGUUUCCGAACGACACAACCCGCAUCAAUUGUCUUGGCCCUUCACCAGUGCCCAUGUACAAAGCUGUGGGCUUGAUUGGGAGAUAUCCACACCGAAGCGGGCUGAUGUGACGUGCCCAGAAUCAGAUGCAAAGAGGUCAGGGAUUCCCACGCGAUCUUAUGGUAUCCUAGUUGAGUGAACUGUAGGGACCUGAUUAGUUCCCAUACAAAGUUGUUGCACUUUCUUUGCCGAUUUAUCGCCUGCUUCCUCCCUACACAUUUCUCUCUUGCGUUUUCUUUAUUUUUGCUUUUCUUUUCUUUUUAGCACCAACCAUCAGCAGCGCCUCGUCGAUUGCGACCUUAACCCCUCGCAAACGACUUCGCAUGGAGUAAAGUUCACUUCGUCCAAUCCUUCCCCCUUCCUCCCCUCAUCCUAUACCAUCUCCCAGGGACAUUUGUUUUUUCCCCCCUGCUGCGACUACUUGUAAUUGCUUGACCUUGUCUCUCAAGGGCAACAGUGCAACAACAGCCAAAAUGUCGCAAAAGCAGGUGACAUCGGACGACAGCUUGGCAGGCAAUGCUUUUGCUACCGGCAGCCAACCUAUGAACGACAGCAACAAAGACCUCGCCGGCAUGCACCGGUCGCACAGCGGCAUGGACAGCAACGAUUCGGCUAACCAGGCGCUCGAGUCCCUGGGCUACAAGCCGGAGUUGCAACGAAACCGCUCGACAUGGCAGGUGGCCUUCAUGUCUUUUGUCCUCGCCUCGAUUCCCUACGGCCUUGCGACCACCAUGUUCUACCCCUUGAUCGGCGGUGGUCCUGUCGACAUCAUCUGGGGAUGGGUCCUCGUGUCACUGAUCAUCAUCUGCGUCGCCGCCUCCCUCGGAGAAAUCACCAGCGUCUAUCCCACCGCCGGAGGUGUCUACUACCAGGCCUUUAUGCUGGCUGAUCCCAGCUGGCGCCGCGCCGCAUCUUGGAUCUGUGGCUGGCUGUACGUCGUCGGAAACAUCACUAUCACCCUGGCCGUCAACUUUGGUACCACGCUAUUUUUCGUCGCCUGCAUCAAUGUUUUCAAGUAUGACGUUGACGGGGUUCCUACGGGAAUCUUUGACGCGCAGCCGUACCAAGUCUUCCUUAUAUUCCUCGGCCUCACUCUACUCUGCAACGCGGUCUCUUCUCUUGGCAACAAGUGGCUGCCAGUCCUGGAUACUGCUGCCAUUUUCUGGACCUUUGCUGGCGUCAUUGCCAUUACGAUUACAGUCCUUGCUCUUGCCAAGGGCGGUCGUCGUGAUGCUGCGUUUGUCUUUGGCCACUUUGAGACAAACUCUGGCUGGCCCGCAGGCUGGUCUUUUUGCGUUGGUCUGUUGCACGCUGGAUACGCGACCUCGUCGACGGGAAUGAUUAUCUCCAUGUGUGAGGAGGUGCGCAUGCCCUCGACCCAGGUUCCCAAGGCUAUGGUCGCUACCGUUGUGCUCAACACCUUUGCCGGUCUCUUAUUCAUGAUCCCCUUGGUCUUUGUCCUUCCCGACAUCCAGUACCUGAUCGGCCUCGCGUCUGGCCAGCCCGUUCCCGAGAUCAUCCUCGCCGCCGUCGGCUCACCCGGUGCUGCGAUUGCGCUGCUCAUGCCCCUGCUUGUCCUGGCCAUCAUUUGCGGCAUCGGCUGCACGACGGCCGCCUCCCGCUGCACUUGGGCUUUUGCUCGUGACGGUGCUAUCCCUGGCGCCAAGUGGUGGCGCGUCAUCAACGAGAAGCUCGACGUACCUUUGAACGCCAUGAUGCUCUCGAUGGCCGUGCAGAUCAUUCUCGGUCUCAUCUACUUUGGCUCGUCAGCUGCCUUCAACGCCUUCUCCGGCGUCGGUGUCAUCUGCCUCACGGCCUCGUACGCAACCCCGAUCGCCAUCAACCUGUUCAAGGGUCGCAAGGCUACCGCCGACGCCAAGUUCCAGCUUGGCCGCAUGGGAGUAUUUUGCAACAUUGUCGCCCUCGCCUGGUCUGCGCUCGCCAUGCCGCUCUUCUGCAUGCCGAGCUACCUGCCCGUCACGCCCGAGACGGUCAACUACGCGCCAGUGGUCUUUGUCGCCGCCACCCUCGUGUCUGGUGUGUGGUACAUCAUGUGGGGAAGGAAGAACUACGCCGGCCCUCCUGUUCAGGAGGCGUACAACUAGAGCGUUGUGUCGAUGUGUUUUUUUUUUCCCCCGAGUGAAGAUGAAAGGGUGAGUGGGGGCAGCGGAAAAUAUCACGGCUUUUUGACAGUCUGACAGAGGCCGUCAAAUCCCUACCGUCUCCUUAUUUGAAAUGCUUGGUGCAAGUAUACAAAGUUGGCACCCGAAAGGGUCCAAGGAUUGAGCGAGUCGGGGGUUUGGAAUUUUCUUUAGAUACAGAUACCCUAAGAGGCAUUGCGAAGGAGGAGUCUAGGUGUUGGAUCGUGCCGGGGAGAGCAGUACUGGCUUUUAUGUUUUUGCUAAAAGGAAAUGAUACCCAGUUGUUUAGUUUUCAAUCCAACAUUUAAACUCGG